AUGAGUCUCACUUCCAAGAAAAAAUCUGGUCCGCGCAAGCUCCAAACCAAACAAUUCGAGCCCGUCUCGGAUGGCAGGGAAGGAAAAGCCGUGCCUGCAACCCCGUCUUCAAAGUCUAUGAAGAAGUCGCCUGGUGCCUCUGAGCAGCGCCGUCCUAUCUCCUCACCCAAUGACGAUGUCUCUCAAGCUUCUGGCUCCGCGGCCCCACUCGGGCGCGCCGCGUCCGAGCGGUCCGAUAAGGUUUGGAGCCAAUCGUGCCAAGCGAAGGACAUAGCGCGGAAGGGCGAGAACACUCUUUCGAGCAGCGUGCCGCCCGAUGUUUCUACGCUUAAGGGUCUCCAGGUCGCCAAGGGUGGCCAAAUCUGCGAUAGUAACGGCAACCCAAUGGGAAAGGUGGUGGAGGGAGACUCGGAGGACUUGGUUGGCCAGACUGUCGGGGACAAUGGCGAGAUUUUCGAUGAGGAUGGCGAGUUGAUCGGCCGCGUUGAUGUAUUGGAUGAGACUGUUGAUCAACCUAUGGAGUUACCUGGGGAGGAACAGUCGAAGCUGGACCAGGCCAAGGACGUGGUAAACACUCUGGAAGGACUUGAUGGGCUUCCUGUCUCCGAGGGUGGCAUGAUUAAGAAUUCUUCUGGCCUGGCAGUGGGCAAGGUCGUCGAGGGAGAUCCGGAGGAUCUCGUCGGAUAUACUGUCAAUGGUGAGGGAGGGAUUGUCGAUGACGAAGGCGACGACAUAGGCCGCGCGGAGCUGAUCCCCGUGGAGGAACAGUCGAAGCUGGACCAGGCCAAGGACGUGGUAAACACCCUGGAAGGACUUGAUGGGCUUCCUGUCUCUGAGGGUGGCAUGAUUAAGAAUUCUUCUGGCCUGGCGGUGGGCAAGGUCGUCGAGGGAGAUCCGGAGGAUCUCGUCGGAUAUACUGUCAAUGGUGAGGGAGGGAUUGUCGAUGACGAAGGCGACGACAUAGGCCGCGCGGAGCUGAUCCCCGUGGAGGAGCAGCAGCAGCAGCAACAGAAGAGUGCCGAAGAGACUGCUGACGACGCCAGCGAGGAGGAUAAUAAAACGAUCCCGUCAAUCGAGUCUCUCGAAGGUUUGAAGUGCAAUAAGCGCGGCUACAUCAUGGAUGAAGCUACCGGCAAGCCUGUGGGAGAAAUAAUUGAAGGUGAUCCUAAGAAGCUCUCGAAACUUGGCGCCGAACUUGACACCAUGGGCCAGUUUUGGGAUAACCGCGGCAAUGUGAUCGGCAAGGCUCAGCCAAUACCUGUCUAUAAUGAUGAAGAGGGAGGGCCAUUUGCGGGCCUAGAUGGCCUGGUCGUAGGCGAGGAUGGAUGGGUUGAAGACGAGAACCAGACAAGGGUCGGGCGGCUCAUUGAAGGCGACGCGAAGAAGCUGGUCAACCGAGCAGUGGAUGAGGACGGUGAAGUACUCGACCGGUAUGGCAACGUCAUCGCGCGUGCAGAACGCUGGGAGGAAGCUGAAGCGCCGGAGGAAGAGCCUAUUGACCUUUCCAGUAUGGAAGGGCUGAGCUGCAACAAGGCUGGGUAUGUCAUCGGGCCGGAGGGCUCUCCGAUCGGUCGUAUUAUUGAUGGCAACCCUAAGGAGCUGGCGGGAAAAAAGAUAUUCGAGGGCGGCGAGAUUUACGAAGGCAAAAAUAUAGUCGGUCGCGCCGAGCUUAUUCCUGAGGACGAGCGCGAAGAUAUUCCCGACGGACCGUUCGCCGGCUUCGAGAGCUUGGUCGUUACUAAGGACGGGUUUAUCGAGGACGAGAACGGCGAUAUCGUAGGUCAACUCAUCGAAGGGGAUGCCAAAAAAUUGCGUGGCCAUGCGGUCGACGAGGAUGGCGAGAUUACAGACAAAUAUGGCAAUGUCAAGGGCCGUGGUGAGCCUUACGAGCCGCCCGAGGAAGAACCUCCUGCCGAAGAGGACCUGUCUAUUCUUGAGGGUAAAGUUGUGAACAAGCAGGGCAAUAUCGUAGACCCAGCCACAGGUGAUGUCUUUGGGCGGGUCAUUGAAGGCGAUAAACGUCUUACUGGCUGUAAGGUCGACGGCCAGGGUCAAAUCUGGGGUGACAACGGCAAGGUAGUUGGCCGGGCGGGGCUGAUACCCGACGCAGAGCAGGAAGAAAAGGAGGGACAGUUCUACAGCUUUAACAACGCCGAGGUCGGCAAGGACGGUGUAGUUGUGGACACAGGCCGGGUUAUCGGCCGCCUUAUCGAAGGCGAUGCAAAGUAUCUUUACGGCCGUAAGGUCGAUGAGGAUGGCGAUGUCGUUGAUAAGAAUGGAAAUACCAUCGGCAAGGCCGAACGCUGGGAGCCGGAAGAUAAGCAGCGCGACGUCAACCCUAUGUCUGGCCGAAAGAUCACCAAGGAGGGUGAGGUGCGCGAUGCCGAUGGCAACCUUAUUGGCAAGCUGACUUCCGGUAACCUGGCAACGUUGGUUGGCAAGACCGUCAACGACAACGGCUAUGUCGUUGACAACGAUGACAACAAAAUUGGCGAGUGUACCUUACUGGAGAAUAUUCCGGAGCCUGAGCCUGAAGAAGAGGGUCCCACCGCGGAAGAGUUAGAGGCUCAGGCUAAGACCGAGGAAGACCGCCAGAUAGCUGAGAAGAUGAUCAACAUCCUCAGCCAGACCCUCGACCGAGUCAAGCCUCAAAUCGAAAAGGCCGAGCGCACACCCAAGGAGGAACUCGACGAAGAGAAGCUCGUCCAAGCCGUCAAACCCCUUCUGGAGGAAGGCGGCCGCAUCCUCCAAGAAUGCAACGGCUCCAUCCGCGCCCUCGACCCCGAUGGCCGCAUCGCGGCCACCGCUAAGGCGCGCGCCUCCUCGCGUGAUGCUACCCCGGAGGAGUACCAGCUUGCCGAUCUACUCAAGGAGCUGUCCGAGACGGUCACCAAGACGAUCGAUAACGGCCGCAAACGCAUAGCUGACAUGCCUCACGCCAAGAAAAAGCUGAAUCCGCUCUGGGCCCUCCUCUCUGAGCCACUCUUUCAAAUAAUUGCCGCCGUGGGCUUGCUGCUGAGCGGUGUUCUGGGUUUGGUCGGAAAACUGCUCGGUGGUCUCGGGCUGGGCGGUUUGUUGGAUGGCCUUCUUGGUGGAUUGGGACUUGACAAGUUGUUCGAAGGUCUAGGGUUAGGGGGAAAGGGUAAAUAA